AAUGGUAAUAAAGAAAAAGAGACAAGAAUUGCAUGAGAAGCCUGUACAGAAAAAGGUGAAGACUAUAAUUAAAAUUGAGAAGGAUGUUCAAACUGUCAUUAAAACUGAGAACAAUGGCCAUCUCAAGAAAAAGAAAAAGAAGGAAAAUUUAAAAGAUGAAUGUUUACACAAAUUGCAACCAAAGAAUAGUAAGAAAAACAAGAAGAAGAAAGUUGGCUCUGAAUUACUCAGAGAAGCUCAUUUAGAAAGCUUUUUGAAUAUGAAAAGUCAUCUGGGUUUACAACUUCAAGAAGAAUCAGAGGAACAAAUUAAAAUACUCAAAAAGAAGAAAGAAAAAGUCCAGUGUCGUUUCUCCUUGGAGAAUAAUGAGAGUAGUGACAUGGAGCUUUCAAAUCAUCACACAGAUGGUAGCAAGAAAAAGGAAUUAUCUUUAAAAAGAAAGAGAAAGAAUACUGCUUUGGAUAUGGAAUUGGAUGGUGUGGUAACAAAGAAAAAAAAGAAGAAAGGCACUUUUUCAUUAGAGGACAUCCAGGACAGUGAACAAAAGAAACCUGCAAAAGUUUGUAAAAACACCCACAAACACAUUUCACAAGAGGCGGUUUUUAUGGGUGAAAACUAUGACACAGGUAAUGCCCAGAAUGGUGAGGGGAGUUGUGUGAGAAGAAAGAAGAAGAAGAAGAAAAAUAAAGAGAAGUCUCACUGCUUUUUACCACUGGCAGAUAAUGAAGAGAACAUACAUCAAGUUCCUGGUAGCCCCACUGCAUUAAAUGACUUCAGAAAAAGGAAGAAACAUAAUUCCUGGGAAUUUACAUUGACAAGCAGAGAGGAAGAGGACAAAAUUAAGAACUUCAGGAAUAUCAAAGAGGGGAAGAAGAAGAAGAAGAAAAGAAAAUAUAUUUCUUCUUCAGCCUGUGAAGAAGAUAAACCAGACUGCAGUCACAGCAUUCCUGAUAAGCAUCUCCCAGCACAGCAGGAAGUUGAGCUGUCUGGAAAGAAACAAAGGAAGAAUUUCAAGGAUAAUAAUGAAGUCAGUAAGAAAAAAAAGAAGAAGAUUAAGAAGAAGGAGGAGGAAACAGCGUAUUCAGAAGUUUCUUUGUACAAUGACAAUGCCUCUAAAAGCCAAAAAAUACUACCAGAAAGCAAUAAAAAGAACAAGGAGAGUGAACUGGAGCGAGCUCUGUCUGUCACAGGGGAUGCUGUAGAUGAGGCAUUAUGCAAUAGUAAUCCUGUAUUGUGUGACAGAAAAAGGAAAAAAAGGAAAACAGUACCACCACAGGACUUGGCUGAAGAACCAGGUUCAAAAGCAGGUACAAAAACCAUCAAGACAGAAUCACCAUGGACUGAGUCACUGGAACAUCUAGAUGGUGUAAUUAUUGUGCGGGAAAAGAAAGGAAACUGUGAUGAAAUUAGCAUAGACAAGGUGAGGCGGCAGGCCCUGCAAGAAGAAAUUGAUAGAGAAUCUGGCAAAACCAAGGCUUUCAGUUCCAAAGUGGAACAGGAUACGAAGCUUGGACAGUGGAGUACAGCUACUUUUAAAAGUUCUGCGGAACAAAUGAAGUUUUUUAGACUGAUGGGUGGCUUUAAAAAGGGUUCUGUGCCUAUCCAAAAUCCCUCAGCAACUACAAACAAACCAAACAUGGCUCUGAACAUGGAAGGGGAGGAGAAGUUACAGCAGGCUCUGAAGAUGGAAUUUGAUAAAGCAAUGGACUUGAAGCAACAUAGAGGAAUUGGUCUUGGAUUUCAGCCUACUGCCAACAAAAAAGUAUACAUAGACAAAUAUACAUCUAGAUCUGUAAAAUUUGAAGAUUAA